AUGGCUGUAGCAGGUGAACACUUCGGUUGCUGCCCUGCUCCUCCCUUAUGGCUGCAGCUGCACGUUUCAGCAGAGGUGGCUGACGUCAGCGUGGGGAGUCUGCCGGACGAAGGGGAGGACCGGCGGGAGAUCGGGCACCUGGCGGUGUGGAGUGUGAGCUCCGCGAAACCCGGCAAUGGCGUUGAGCUUCUGAGGGAUGGCAAGGCGGACACGUUCUGGCAGUUAAGAAUCCACGUGUCACUGCACGUGGAUUUCAAGCUGGACGAGAGCUACACUCCCAACAAGGUGUCCAUCCGAGCUGGCAACUCCUUCCACGACGUCAAGUUAUGCUUUGCAUGUGCGCUGGACGGGAGCUACACACCUAACAAGGUGUCCAUUCGAGCUGGCAACUCCUUCCACGACGUCAAGGUGGGUGGACUUCUCAGGGCGGGCAAUGCUACUGAUGGUGCCUGCAUGGCAAUGCUCAUGGCGUUCCCAGUAGCAUCUCAAAUGGACAUGCUGUUCAUGCUCACAACGAUGCUUCCCGAGGUGAAGCUAGUAGAGAUGAACGAGCCAUCUGGGUGGGUGCACAUACCGCUGCGACCCAGUGAUGACAAGGAGUACCUGCGAGCCUUCUACCUGCAGCUGGCGGUGAUAUCCAACCACCAGAACGGCCGUGACACACACAUCAGGCAGAUCAACAUCUACGGCCCCCGCCAGAAUGUGGUGAGAGCAGUGGGGGUACCCAUGGAGUUCAAUACAGUGGAAUUUGGCAUGUAUGCUGCUGUUAGGUAG